AUGAUCAACUCUGAUGCAGCCAUUGGGAACGUGCCAGCUGGCACGCUGGCCAACGGGGCGGCGGUGGGGGCGUAUUACAUGAGUGGGCGUGAUGUGGCAUCGGUGCAGCUAACUGACACGUGGAAGGUUACCAACACGUCGGUUACCACCAACCAAAACGGUUACACCAUUAUACGCGGGUCAGCCUCAAUCGAUUUCAUCAAGGGGACGACCACAGCAGGCGAGGGCAGCAGCACAGCAGCCUACAUCGCGCACGGGGCACUCCUCUCCAUCGCCUUCGCUCUCCUCAUGCCCCUCGCCAUCCUCCUCGCCCGCCUCCUCCUUGCUGACCGCCCCGACGGUGCCCCCCUCAACCUCAACCGCAGCCAUCGGCCUCUAGGGUUCCAGCUUCAUAGGGGCUCUAAGGGGCUGACGUGGACGCAUGGGAAGAUUGGAUUGGCUGCGGUGGUUCUUGCACUGGUGCAGGCUGUGGUGGGGUUUGUGCGACCGGAUAAGACCGCUCCGAACCGCUUCAAGUGGCUGGUGGUGCACUGCUUGGUUGGUGGUACAACCAUUGGGCUUGCGUGGGCUGCCAUGUUUCUGGGCAUCGACCUCUACCGCACCAAGUUCAUGCAAAACGUCACGUGGUGCUACUGGGUCUGUGGCGUGUGUGUGGGCGUCUUUGGAGUGGCAUACCUGGUGUUGGUCAUUCCCGACAGCUUUCUAUCGUUGAAGGGGCGUAAGGAUGCUUCAUUCGCUACUCCGCGGAGUCUCUCCGCCACGGCCCGCGGGUCCCGUCACGUUGCGCGCGCCAAGUUCCAGGGCUUCCGCCAGUCGGCCGGGGAGGCGCAGGAGGCGGACAGCGCAGCCGCUGCUCCGGCGAGCGCGGAAGAGAACGGCGCAGCCGUCGCAGCCGUUGCAGAGGGAGCCGCGGAGGAGAGGGACGCGGGAGGACGCGACGACGAUGUGCUCCCGACGGACCUGGAUGGCGCUGUCCGCCAAGCAGCGCAGUCGGCGGCUUACUUCUGCAACGGAGGCGGCACCCGCGCCAUUGUGGAACUGUUGGUGCCAGAUUUGGAGAUCAAGUCAGACGAAGGAGCGCAGCAGCUGCUGUGGGACACCAGCCGCACCUUCCUCGACUCCCUCAAGGGACACCUUGACUUUGAGAAUGUGAGGGCCAUUUUCCCAGACGCCGGGUCAGCAGCGCUCCUCAAGAACCAGUGGCCGGACGCUCCCUUUGCCUUUUCAAGCCUGAUGGACCGCAAGCCAGUGCAGGAGCAGGACGAUGUGGUCGUGCUCAUCACCCCCGAGUACCAGCAGCUCAGCGUGGUCGAGUCCAUCGGGGGCAUGCUCGCCACAGAGGACGGCUUGACCCGCCCGCUCAUCAUGUACAACCCGAGGCUGGUCAGUGGGGAUGUGGGCAUCGGGCUGAACGUGCGGCGGCUGAGGGAGCGGUUCCUGUCGACGUUUACCACGGCGUUCUGCCUGAGGCCGCUGCCAGUGGGAGCCAUCUACCGGCGGUACCCCAACCCCUGGCAGUUGUAUCUUGACGACCCUAAUGAGCCCGGCCGAUAUCUUCUGUUUCGGCAACAAGGGUCAAAACCCAACAUCGACGAUAUUGAGGAUAUGUACAUGGCAGCAUCGGGAGGGGGUGAGCCGGGAGCAGAAGAGCCUUCUUUCAUCGAGCAGGCUUUUGGAGUUCUUUCAUCCUUCAACCGGUUCAUGCAAUCUCUUUCCAACAAAAUCGCUCGCCGAAAAUCAGAUCUCGGCACAGCGGUCAGCCGCCUGGAUCUCGGAAGCCGGCGACGUGGACGAGAUUCGCGAAACAGGCUCACCUCGCGAAGGCUCGUGCAGACCAACGCCAGCCAGAAUUCCGGCGGCGCUAGGGACGACAGCAGUAGCAGCAGUGGCGGUGGCGGCGGUGGGAAGAGCGAGGACGACGCAACAUCGCUGGCGGCGGACGCAGGCGGGAUGGACUGGCGGACGUUCCGCGCGAAGCUGGUGGCGGGCCACGAGGCCACGCGGAGCGUCUCCGCGCCCUCCCCCGCACAGGAGGCGGUGGGGCUCGAGAUCUGGCAGGUGGGGCUGAAACCCCAAGCAAAAAUCCGAGGACCGCACGAGCCUCGAGAAGUGGGCACAGCUGGCCUCGCAGAACCCGCGUCUAGCAAAGGAGGUGCCCCUUUCCCUCCUGUCCCCUCUCCUGUCCCCUCCCUACACCUUCUUAUCCCCCUCCUCCCCCUUCACCACCAACAUCAUCAGGACCGCAUGAGUCUGGAGAACUGGGCGCUGCUGGCCUCACAGAACCCGCGCCUGGCCAAGGAGGUCCCCUGGGUGCACUCCACAGGGGGCGCGGAGGCAGGGGGCGUGCUGCUCGCCGCGCCCUUCCCCCAGCUCCCCGGACAGGGGGGAGGGGAGGGGGGAGAUGGAGGGCGGGGAGGGGGAGCGGGCGGGUUGGACAGGCGGUUGUGGCAGGCGGCUGUGUUCCUGGUGGAGCACGGGGGGGCGGGCAGGGAGUCGUGGGGGCUGUUGCUGAACCGACCAUCGGGCUACACGAUUCAAAUGGUGGGCAGGGAGUCAUGGGGGCUGCUGCUGAACCGACCGUCGGGUUACACGAUUCAAAUGGCGCUGGCGAAGGUGAAUCGCGUGGAGGAUGCAUCGCUGGCGGUGUUUGCGCGCAACGCCAUCUACAUUGGCGGGUUCAAGUCUGACGGCAGCACUCUCUACUUCCUGCACGGCCACGACCUGCCCGGGGCCAAGGAGUGUGCCUGCAUCUGUUUCACCUUUGCUACCCCCUUCUCCUCUUGCCCAUCAUCCCUUCAGCUCAUGCCUGGCGUCUGCAUGGGAGGGCUGGAGGCAGCAGCAAAGCAGCUCAUGCCUGGCGUCUACAUGGGAGGGCUAGAGGCAGCAGCGGAGCAGGUGCUUCUGGGCAACAUGCCACCGACUGAUUUCAGAUUCUUCGUCGGACAACUGGAGUGGCCUGCAGGCAAGCUCCAGGAGGAGGUGGAUGCAGGUCUCUGGUACACUGCAGCAUGCGCCAGAAGCCUUGUGCUCAAACAGUGCUUGCAGCUCCCCAAACCCCUCUGGUAA